AUGAGAUUCUCUGCAACUUCGAUUCUGGCUGUACUUUCCCUUCCGCUUGUUCUCGCUAAACCAUCUCAACAACCGCUACAAAUAUACUUAUAUCCCUCUCCUACUUCCCCUUCUUUACAUCAACAUCAACAUCAAAAUGUGCCUACAUUGAAUGCCGAUCAAGCCAAAGCCGUCUUAUCUCAUCAUUUGGGAGAACCACAGAAUGAUUUUGAUGAAAUUCCAAAUGAUGAAGGAUUAUGGUCACAUUUGAUGACUAUGUGGAAUGGUCAAUCUGAAGGUAAACCAAAAAUCGUUGUUGUCGAUGGUGGUAUAUCACCUCAAGAUGUUUUACCAACUACAUUGCCUUCUCAACCUGCAUUUUAUCUUGACGACGACACCACAACCGAUAACCUGCUUUCACCAUAUGUCGAACAAGCCAAGACUCUUCUUGCUCAUGUAUUAGAUGAGAUGCCUGAUGUAGUCAAGGGAUUCAAAGAUGUAUUUGAAAUGGCUGGAACAAAAGCAGCUUCAAUAUUAGGACACGAAUUAUCAUGCCUCACUGCAUUGGCUGAUUCUAUUCCUUGGAUCAACCACGGCUCAUACCCAUGGGAAGCAAUUACUAUCUCAGGUUUGAAAGAUGUCCCUAAAGGUGGAGAAGUCUGGGAGAAUGGUAGAUUAGGACUUAAAGCUGGACUCGAGUCUAUGACUCAACCUAAUUCACCUCCUUUAUUACUUAUAAUUCGACCUUCAUCCUCCUCUCCUCUCGUCUCCAGAGCUAUUCCCAUAUCUCUUCAAGCAAGAGCAAACAACUCCACAGAUCUAGCAGAUGUAUGCUACUCCUCCAACGAAACAUGCGUCGAGUCUACCUCAUGUAAUGGAAGAGGUGCAUGCUCUCUGAAAGGUAAAACCGAUCAAGGUGAAUGCUGGGGAUGCAAAUGUAGAAGUGGAUAUGCAGGUGUUGAAUGUCAAAAGGAUGACUAUUCUAUCCCGUUCAUCAUCCUCAUCUUCUCAACUUUGCUUCUUAUCGCUAUCGCAGGAGGUAGUAUUGGACUCCUAUACACAGUCGGAGAAACAAAGCUACCAUCGACUUUGACGCUUGCUGUCGGAGGGGGAGCAAUGAAGAGGGAUUAG